AUGCUCCAGCUGAUCAACACGGAAGAUGGCGAUUUCCCCGGCCUCUUCGAUGUGCCGUUUGGUGGGAACGCGUCUCCGGAUCACAAUCCACAUGCACCUGGGAUGUUUGGCAGCUACCUGGGGAAUAGCAGCCCGUCCACCUCCGGCCUCUUCCAGCUCUCAGCUCCAUCCCAAACGGGAUUUCAGACCUUGCCGCCGAGCGGCCCCAACGUGACGUCGACCCCCAUGGACGUCAAGGAAGAGACUGCAGCCGCAACUGUCAAUCAGCCGCAAACCCAGAUCCCGUUGGCCAGGGGAAUCGCCCAGAAUUUUGUUCCGGCGCCGCAGGUCCAGUUCUCACCGCAGCCAUUGAUGGGCUUCCCGAGCCAGAGUGGUAUUCCUGCUCCUCAGCCAGGAGGGCCUCCUGCACCUCUGUCGAGCCCCCCGGUCACCUCCCAGCAGCCUCCGCCAGCGGCUCUGCAGGCUCCAGUCCAGAGCAUCCUGCCCCAGCAGUUUCUUGCAUCCAGCACCCCCCAGGUCAUUCCAUCUCAGAUCCAACAAGUGCCGGUUCUGCUACAGCCCCACUUCAUCAAAGCCGACUCCCUGCUUCUGACGGCAGUGAAAGCGGACGUCUCCGGGGUCAAGACUUCGGGCAUCACAACUCUGGCUACCACAACAGCUGUGCAGUCCUCCCCGCUGCAGAUGCCGGCACUGGUGAGUGGCGGUACCAUCCUGGCAACUGUGCCAUUGAUGGUGGACACAGACAAACUGCCCAUUAACCGCUUGACUGCCGGGAAGCCUCUGGCGAACCACAGCAAAGGUGAGAAACGUACAGCACACAACGCCAUCGAAAAGCGCUAUCGUUCAUCCAUCAAUGACAAGAUCACAGAGCUGAAGGAUCUGGUGAUGGGCACAGAUGCCAAGCUGAACAAGUCGGCCAUUUUGCGGAAGGCGAUCGACUACAUCCGUUUCCUGAAGCAGACCAACCAGAAGCUGAAAGCGGAGAACAUGGCCCUCAAAAUGGCUGCUCAGAAGAACAAGUCCCUGAAGGACCUGGUAGCCACUUGUGGCGGGAAUGUGGAAGACCCCACAGAAGGGGUCAAGCUGAUGGAUGCCAUGACACCACCCCCAUCGGAUGCUGGAUCCCCCUCAUACAGCAGCCCCCUUUCGCUGAGUGGGACAAGCGGAAGCGACUCCGAGCCAGACAGCCCGUUCUGCGAAGAGGCCAAGGUGAAGCUAGAGGCUCAGACGCUCUCCCCAGGCAGUCUUGGGAUGCUGGAUCGGUCUCGCAUGGCUCUGUGUGCUUUUGUCUUCCUCUGCCUCUCGUUCAACCCUCUAUCUUCCAUCUUGGGAGGCUCAAGCUCUUCCGAUCCCUCAGAGAUUGCUAGUUCGAGUGGCCCAGGGCGCACUAUGAAGGCCGAGAACGAGCCAAGAGAUGCUCCGGUCGCCUGGUCCCAGUGGCUUCUCCCCACGUUAGUCUUCUGGCUGGUCAACGUCACGGUGGUUCUGGGCGCCUUCAUCCGGCUCUUCAUUUAUGGUGAGCCCGUCACGAGGCCCCAUUCGGAGUCCUCUGUCCUUUUCUGGAGGCAUCGCAAGCAGGCGGACCUGGAUUUGUCACGGGGGGAUUUUGCCCAGGCCUCCCAGAACUUAUGGACAGCGCUCAAAGCCCUGGGCCGCCCACUCCCCACCUCCAACCUAGACUUGACCUGCAGCCUCUUGUGGAACCUGAUCCGGCACGUGCUUCAGCGGCUCUGGGUGGGGCGCUGGCUGGCGGGGCGAGCCGGGGGCUUCUUCCACGACCGCGAGCUCAAGGCAGACGUGCGCAAGAGCGCCUGUGACGCGGCACUGGUUUAUCACCGGUUGCAUCAGCUGCACAUGACAGGGAAGCAUGUAGCCGGUCACCUGUCAGCUAUCAACAUGGCGCUGAGUGCUGUGAAUCUGGCCGAGUGCGCGGGGGGUACCAUGUCCGUGGCAACAUUGGCAGAGGUCUAUGUGGCGGCUGCACUGCGGGUGAAGACCAGUCUCCAUCGCUGCUGCCACUUCCUGGCGCGCUUCUUCCUCAGCAGUGCCCGGCAGGUGUUGCUGUCUCACAGCGGAACUGUGCCCCCCGCCCUCCAAUGGCUGUGCCACCCCGUGGGUCACCGCUUCUUUGUGGACGGCGACUGGGCCGUGAAGAGCUCCCCGCGAGAGAGUAUCUACAGCUCCACCAGCAACCCUGGUACGGUGAUGGAGACCAGCGUGCCAUAG